AAAUUACUGUUGCAAUCUUCUUUGGUGCACUGACUUGUGGCAUCAAAGGGCUGGGAGAGUAAACACGAAGAAGCCCACCGUCUGCACAACGCCAUCUCCUAUCUACGCUGUCGGUGACCAAGGAUUCUAGAGUAUAAAUAAUUUAUACUCUAUAGACUCUAUGGUGGAGACCGUGCCUGAGAGCAGAAAACCCCUUACGCCACCCCCUCUGUGAGACAUCUUACGUGAAAAACGGGAGCGGGAGAAUUAAAAGCUAGUUCUUGGAAGACACCUUAAAGCACCCCUAACCAGGCUCAACAUUCACAUGCCAACUCCAGAGGACCUGCUGGGCGGCCACACCCUCAGCCCCAACACUGCCUUCCAAGCCCUCAAGUGUACAACUUUCGACAACCGUCUUGCAGAAGUCGGGCCAUGUAGACAGGCUCGCCCCCUGAGCCCCUACUGUCUACUCCUAACUAAACAAUCCUCUAAAACACUGAAGAAGAGGACUGGAUGUUUCAAGAGAAGUGAAAUGACUGAAAGAGGGAGAUAUGCCCGUGGCAUUUGUGACAAAACAGUAAAGAAUAUGGACCACGGGUUUAGGUGUGAUGCAUGUAAGGAGUGGUAUCACACAGGCUACCAGGUCACCAAAGAAUAGACCUCAUUGGGUAUCAAACUCACCAAUAAGUUCCACGGGUUUCCUAAUGAUCUAACUAGAUCCUAUUGCCUGCCUCCAUUGUUAUCUGUUGUAUGUGAGUCAUAUCUAAAUUUGGAAGAGUUCACUGAAGGAGCACUCACAAUAUGAUCUGGUAACUUGUUCCAGUCAAUUGCAACUUGGAAGACAAGAUGUCUGAACUUCAGCCAAGAGCAUACCAACUUGAGCUCUACGAACAUGCCAAGAAACAGAAUUCCAUUCUUGUCUUGGGGACUGGCUCAGGCAAGACUUUUAUCUCCAUACUGCUCAUCAAAGACCUUGGCCACCAGAUUCGAUCACAGAAGGAAAAUAGGAAGUGGACAGUGUUUGUUGUUAAUACUGUUCCCUUGGUAUACCAGCAAGGUCUUGCCAUAGAGCAACACACUCCCUUCAGUGUUGGUUUCUAUGAAGCCUCCAGAGGAGUGGAUGGAUGGAAAAAGGAAAAGUGGGAAGAAGAACUAAAAAAACAUGAAGUGCUUGUGAUCACUGCUCAAAUUUUCCUUGAUCUUUUAAACUUUACCUACUUGUCGUUGGAGAACAUAAAUCUCAUUAUUUUUGAUGAGUGCCAUCAUGCUACAGGAAAUCACCCCAUGAGGGAAAUUAUGAGAACAUUUCAUUCUCGUAAGGAAAAGGAACCUGAUGUUACCAUGCCUAGAAUAGUAGGACUCACAGCAUGUGCUAUUCAUAGGAACUGCAAGUUUGAAAAUGUGGAAACUGAAAUAAGAGAAUUAGAGACAACACUGCAAUCCACUUUAGUGACUUCAGUAGAUACUCAGGCAGUAAAAGAACACACCACAGCACCCAAGGAAAUAAUUGUUUCAUUUUGUGCCAGUAAGCCUUCAGAUUAUGGUGAAAGCAUUGCAGCACAGUUUAGAGAAAUUGAAUGUGAAUUUGAUAAAAAUGAUAACAUCAAUGAAAAGUACCUAAAGCCCCUAAACAAGUAAUUAAAGAACAUUGUUCAAAUCAUUCAUCAUCUUGGAGAUUGGUUUGGAGCCAAAGCUGUGAAAUAUGAAAUGGAAAAUUUUGAAGAGGCUGAAGAUAGUGAAGAAAUUCCUGUUGUAAGGGAUUUGAAGAAAUUUCUGUGCCAGAGUUUAAAAUUAAUCCAUAGGUCUUGUCUUGAAGAGGAGAAGCAGAUGUGCAACCCUUUGGAUCACAUAACUCUGAAGGUUCAAAGGUUGCUUGACAUAUUACAUGAAUGUAGAAAUGAUAAGUAUGGACUUAUCUUUGUGGAGAGGAGGAACACAGCAAAAUUAUUAUAUGACUUUCUCAAACAACUUUCUUUGAUGAAUGAGGAUCACGCUUUCAUUAAGCCUGCAUAUAUUAUCAGUGCCAAUACCAAAUAUUCAAUAGACAUCAAAUUGAUACAGAAUGAACUUAGAAAACAAAGAGAAACUCUGGAAGCUUUUGCUAGAGGUGAUACAAAUUUUCUAAUCUCAACAAGUAUAUGUGAAGAAGGUCUUGAUGUCAGAAAAUGCAACAUAGUGAUUCGCUUUGAUGAGCCAUUGAACUUUCGUUCCUAUGUGCAGUCCAGAGGGAGGGCACGAGCUAUUCCAUCAAGGUAUGUCCUCAUGACAGAAGAUAGUGGUGUGAAGGGCCUUCUAUGUAAUAUAGCUUCACAUAGAAAAAUUGAAGCUGCAUUAUCCAAGAUAUGCCACAACCGGCAGUUACCCACAGACAUGGAAAUAAGUACUCAUUUUGCAGAAGAUGAAAUAGUGGCCCCAUAUAAGCCAUAUGGCCAUGAUGGCCCUAGAAUUACAUUCAACUCUGCUAUACAGCUCAUCAAUCGGUAUUGUGGAAAAUUACCUCAAGACAAAUUUACUGAGCUAGUGCCAUCUAUUAGCUAUGAAACAAAAGAGAAAAAUUUGAAGACAAUGGUGAAAGCAAAAAUCCGGUUACCCAUUAAUUCAUGUUUGAAAACCUCUGUACAGGGGGAUUGGAUGGCAAACAGGGUGCAUGCCAAAAAGAGUGCAGCUAUGGCACUCUGUAUAAAACUUCAUCAAAUCAAAGAACUGAAUGAUCACCUGCGUCCAGAAGGAAAACCAGAUGAUAGUAUCCUGGAUGACUUACUAGAAAUACCACCAGAGGUCAGAAGCAGAGAUGGCGUGAGUGAACCAGACACUAAGAAACGCCGGCAGAUAUACAAGAAAGAGAUGUGCGAAGCCCUUUCUUCCAUGAGUGGUAGCUUCAAGCUCUAUUCAGUUACUGUGCAGUGCAGUGAACCUACAUCCAGUGAGAUUGUCAUUGACUCUGAGGCAAAAAGUAUGUCAGUAGGCUUACUGUGUCAACAUGCACUGAGUUCCCAACCAUUUCCGUUGUACUCCUCCAAGUGGAAUGAAGUGGUUGUUAGAAUCCAGCCGAUAAAUGAAUACUUGUUGCUUGAUUUUGAAACAUUGAACCAGAUAAAGCAUUUUCACAAGGUUGUAUUUGAAACUUUGCUUGGCAUCAGCCAAUCUCUCUUUGAUUAUUUGCCACAACAAACAAGUUUAUUCAUUUUGCCCAUGAGUGGAAACAGCAUUGACACUUCCCUCCUCCAACACAUAUCAUCCUUGGACUCACUAAGAAUGCAUGAGAAGAGUUCACAUGUUGAUAUUUUCAACUUUGAAAGGUCUGCAUUUGAAGAUUCUGUCAUUUACCCUCUCUAUAAACCUGUGUCAGAAACAAUGUUAUACGUCACAGAAAUUCAUGACAACAUCAAUCCUCUAGAUCCUUACCCCAAAACAGGGGAACAAUUCGCUUCCUAUGAACACUAUUUCCUGUCUGAAUAUAAGAGGAAGAUAACUAACAAAAAUCAGCCACUGGUAACUGCAAAGGAAUUGCCUCUGUAUCUUAAUUUUUUGAAACAAAGACCCACAAAGCAACCCAAGAAAAAGUCAGGAAGUGAUCCCCCUAAAUAUGUGCCAGAACUGUGUGGUGUUUUGCCUAUCAAAGCUUCUCUGUGGUGGCAAAUUAUGUUACUACCAUCUGUACUCCAUCGCCUCAAUAGCUUGCUUGUGGCAAAUGACUUGAAGAAGAUGAUUUUCCCCUAUAUGCAAACAUCCAACAAGAAAUCUAGUGAGUACAACAUCUUGGAUUUUGAUUGGUCAGGAAAGUUCAUGAAAGAAAUAGUGCGGCCUCCAGGAAGCAAUCUGUCAGUCAUUCUAGCUGAAUCUACAUUUAAACCCAUUCAGACUUUCAUGAUACUGAAUGCAAUCACUCUGCGAGGAGCAAACGACAACUUUGAUGCAGAAAGACUGAAAGUACUGGGUGACUCCUUCCUUAAAUUUAUUGUUACUGAGUAUCUAUUUCUGAAGUUUUCUGAUGACCAUGAAGGUAAACUCUCUGAGCUACGCAGCAAGUUAGUGUGCAACAGAACUCUGAACACCUUGGGAAAGGCAAAGCAGAUACCAGAGAGAAUUCAGAGCACGAGCCUUAACCCAGCUCUGAAUGGCAUCAUGCCAGGCUUUGUACUCAAAGCUGAAGUGGAACAGAAGUUGCGGAAACUUGGUGCUCCUGCAGACUUGUGGGCAAGAUUUGGUGAGACCACUGAGGAAGAAUUUGAAAAGGAAGUGAAGAUGAAACAGAAGGAUGGUAAAGGUCAGACAUCGUGUUACAACCCCUGGACAGAACAUGAGCUUGGAGAUAAAAGUGUAGCUGACAGUGUUGAGGCCCUGAUUGGUGUCUGCCUGCUAGUUGGUAGUGAGGCAGCAAUGGCAAUCCUUUAUGUCUUGGGCAUUGGUGUCUCGAAAGGCACUUCACUGCUGAAGAUGAAGUUACCUGUAAAGUCAGCCAUACUGAGUAAUGAGAAGGAAUCAAAAGAAGAAAUUCAAAAGUACUAUGAAAAGAGUUGCUUGGAUGACCUAGAGAAGAAGAUUAAUUACAUAUUCAGAGACAAAAGUUUCCUUGUGCAGGCUGUCACACACACCUCCUAUAGCCAGAACAGGGUGACAGACUGCUAUCAAAGGCUUGAGUUUCUAGGUGAUGCUGUCUUGGACUACCUGAUAACAGGAAUGAUACUCUCAUCUAACAAGAGUUACAGCUGUGGGGAAUUGACAGACCUCAGGUCAUACUACGUAAAGAAUGAAACUUUGGCCAAAGUUUCUGCCAAAUAUAAAUUGCAUCGUCAUUUGCUCUACCUGGCUCCCAAACUUCAGGCCUCUAUUGAUAAGUACUUAAACCUAUUUCAAGCUGGACUUUGUAAAGAGGAGGAACUUUUUACUGAAGAUGAUGUAGAGGAUGGCGUGGAUGAUCUGACAGAUGUUGAUGUGCCCAAGGCUCUGGGAGACCUGGUGGAGGCUCUUAUUGGAGCGGUUUACCUGGACAGUGGCAGAUCCCUUAAGCAAACAUGGGAUGUGGUGACCCUCCUCAUGGAUGAUAUGAUAAAAGAAACACUAACUGACAUUCCCAAGAACUGUAUUCGCAACCUGACUGAGAAGGUACCCAAUGGAGUCCAAUUCGUCAAGCUACCCAUGGAGGAGGAUGCCAUGGCAAAAUAUGAAGUUAUGAUAAAGGGCUACCCUCCAUUCAUUGUGCGUGGCAAGAAUUAUAAAGUAGCAAAGACUGCAGCUGCAAAAAGAGGACUUAGGAUGCUUAAGAAGAAAGAAAAGGAACUGAAUACUGAAGGAGAAAGAAAAGGAUGAGGCACUUAAGCUGUUUCACAAUGAUUGUGUAUGAAGUCAUUCUUUGGUUUUAAGGAACAAUAACAUUUGUUGUAACCUAAGGACUAAGAAUGCACGUCUAUAUUACGUUGCCUGUUGUAAGAGGUGAUUUAAAGGGAUGUAGGUUUUAUCUCACAGGAACCUCUCCCUUCAAAUGUUUUAAUCUCGAACACUUGCCAGAAUCUUAUAGCAAAGUGCAUAGUGUUGUUUUUAUAAUGAAAGAUAGUUGUUCUUUUAUUUUCUUAUGUAAUCAUUAAACAAAGACAAACAAAGAUCAGUAAGAAACCAGGUAUAUAUAUAUAUAUAUAUAUAUAUAUAUAUAUAUAUAUAUAUAUAUAUAUAUAUAUAUAUAUAUAUAUAUAUAUAUCAGUGGUGGGCACCGAUCACUUAUUUGCUGUUCCGAUCCCCGAUCAUCCAAUCAGUUUGGGCAACUGAUCCGAUUCCGAUCAUCCGAUCAUUUUUUAAGUACUGCUGUUCCGAUCACCAUUCCGAUCAUCUGAUCAUUAAAAUUUUUAAUAAUUACUAUUGUUUUUUAAAUAAUAAUUACAAGAAACACCUAUUUUAGGCAUUCUUUAAAUAAUAAUUUCAAAUAAGUAAUAACUUAAUUAUUUGCUUAUAAAUAUCUUUAUUUUUCCUUUCUUUUGGUAUAUAGGACAUGGUACAGAAGAAAAUGUUAUCUUAACUUCUUAGUUUAGGCAUUUAUUUUAGUCUACUCUUUUUAUUCAAUUUCUGAAAGUAUGAAAAAGGAAUUAUGUUCACUAUUUUAACUUUUGUUUGAAGUUGAUUUAGAUUUUUGACAAACAUUUUUCAACUUUUUAAUAUUUUAUCAUCGAUAUCUAGGAAAUAUUUUUUACUAUUCUAUAAAAAAUGAGCGAUAGUGAUCAUUAAUCUCCUAUCCUUCCUGAUUAAAUAGCUUUCUGAAUAAAAGAUAUUGGUCCAUAAAUAAAUUAGUUACAAGAAGAACAUAAGCUGAAAUCUCCGUCCUAGGAGAUUUCAAUGUUCACCACCAGCUUUGGCUUUCAUCCUCUUUCACUGACCAUCCUGGUGAACAAGCCUACAACUUUGCUAUCCUCAACGACCUAGAGCAGUUGGUCCAGCACCCUACACGUAUUCCCGACCGUCUUGGAGAUCGGCCCAACAUUCUAGACCUCUUCCUUACCUCAAACCCUUCUGCUUAUUCUGUCAAACUGUUCUCUCCAUUGGGCUCCUCUGAUCACAAUCUUAUUUCUGCAUCCUGUCCUAUCGCUCCUGUACACCCUCUGGACCCACCGAAGAGGCGAUGCUUCUGGCAUUUUGCUUCAGCUCGGUGGGAUGACCUGAGGAUGUACUUUUCCGAUUUCCCGUGGAAUGAUUAUUGCUUCCAGGAUAGAGACCCCUCUGUGUGUGCUCAGUGCAUCACAGAGGUGAUUGUCUCUGGAAUGGAGGCAUACAUUCCUCGUUCUUUCUCUACUCCUCACGCUAAAAAGCCUUGGUUUAAUCACGCUUGUUCUCGUGCUGUCAAUGAUAGAGAGGUAGCUCACAAAAGGUACCAGAGCCUUCAAACUAAUGCUAAUUAUGAACUUUACAUUUCUGCCCGAAAUCGUGCCAAAUCUAUUCUCCGACUAACAAAAAAUUCUUUCAUUAAUAGAAAAUGUCAAAACCUUGCUUUCUCUAACUCUUCCCGUGACUUCUGGCAUCUAGCCAAAAACAUCUCCUCCAACUUCACUUCUUCAUCUUUCCCUCCACUCCUCAGUCCUGACGGCAACACUGCCGUCUCAUCUAUCUCUAAGGCUGAACUCUUCUCUCAAACUUUUUCUAAAAACUCCACUCUGGACGAUUCUGGGCAUAUUCCUCCUACUCAUCCCCUCUCUGACUCCUUUAUGCCUGUUAUAAAGAUUCUUCAAAAUGAUGUUUUCUAUGCCCUCUCUGGCCUCAAUCCUCAGAAGGCUUAUGGACCUGAUGGAGUGCCUCCUAUUGUCCUUAAAAACUGUGCCUCCAUGCUGUCACCCUGCCUGGUCAAACUCUUUCGCCUCUGCCUGUCAACAUCUACCUUUCCCUCUUGCUGGAAGUAUGCCUUCAUGCAGCCUGUGCCUAAGAAGGGUGACCGCUCCAAUCCCUCAAACUACCGUCCUAUAGCUUUACUUUCUUGUCUAUCUAAAGCUUUUGAAUCAAUCCUUAGCCGGAAGAUUCAAAAGCACCUUUCCACUUCUAACCUUCUAUCUGAUCGCCAGUAUGGGUUCCGCAAGGGGCGUUCUACUGGUGAUCUCCUAGCCUUCUUAACUGACUCUUGGUCAUCCUCUCUUAGCCGUUUCGGUGAAACUUUUGCUAUUGCGCUGGACAUAUCAAAAGCUUUUGAUAGGGUCUGGCACAAAUCUUUGCUUUCUAAACUACCCUCCUACGGUUUCUAUCCUUCUCUCUGUACCUUUAUCUCCAGUUUCCUUUCUGACCGUUCUAUUUCUGCCGUGGUAGACGGUCACUGUUCUUCCCCUAAAUCUAUUAACAGUGGUGUCCCACAGGGUUCUGUCCUAUCUCCCACUCUUUUUCUGUUGUUCAUUGAUGAUCUUUCCAAAACGAACUGUCCUAUCCAUUCCUACGCCGAUGAUUCCACUCUGCAUUACUCAACUUCUUUUAAUAGAACACCCACCCUUCAGGAACUUAACGACUCAAGGCUGGAGGCUGCAGGGCUUAGCCUCAGACCUUACUAUUAUUUCUGAUUGGGGAAAGAAGAACCUGGUGUCCUUCAACGCCUCAAAAACACAGCUUCUCCACCUAUCCACUCGACACAAUCUUCCAAACAACUAUCCCCUAUUCUUUGACAACACCCAGCUAUCACCUUCCUCAACACUAAACAUCCUCGGUCUAUCCUUAACUCAAAAUCUCAACUGGAAACUUCAUAUCUCAUCUCUUACUAAAUCAGCUUCCUCGAGGCUGGGCGUUCUGUACCGUCUCCGCCAGUUCUUCUCCCCUGCACAGUUGCUGUCCAUAUACAGGGGCCUUGUCCGCCCUCGUAUGGAGUAUGCAUCUCAUGUGUGGGGGGGCUCCACUCACACAGCUCUUUUGGACAGAGUGGAGGCUAAGGCUCUUCGUCUCAUCAGCUCUCCUCCUCGUACUGAUAGUCUUCUACCUCUUAAAUUCCGCCGCAGUGUUGCCUCUCUUUCUAUCUUCUAUCGAUAUUUCCACGCUGACUGCUCUUCUGAACUUGCUAACUGCAUGCCUCCCCCCCUCCCGCGGCCCCGCUGCACUCGACUUUCUACUCAUGCUCAUCCCUAUACUGUCCAAACCCCUUAUGCAAGAGUUAACCAGCAUCUUCACUCUUUCAUCCCUCACGCUGGUAAACUCUGGAACACUCUUCCUUCAUCUGUAUUUCCUCCUGCCUACGACUUGAACUCUUUCAAGAGGAGGGUAUCAGGACACCUCUCCUCCUGUAUUUGAUCUUCCUUUCGGCCACCUCUUUUGUUUUACUUUAGGAGCAGCGAGUAGCGGGCUUUUUUUUUAUUAUUGUUUUCUUUUUUUGUUGCCCUUGAGCUGCCUCCUUUGUUGUAAAAAAAAUAAAUAAAUAAAUAAAAAAUAAGG